AUGCCGUGUCCAUUGGCAGCGCAUGUCUGGAUCGGUCUCAGCAACGUCCGCAACCGUUACGCCAGUGCGGCUGGACAGAAUGGGGCCUUUCUUCCUGAGGCUCCCAGGCCUCACAUUGAUAAUGAUCGGAAACGACUGGCCACGACUGAAAAUUUGCAGAAUAGAUUGACUCAUGCAAGUGCUUUGAUCAUCCAGACAGAUUUCAUAAUCUCCGAACGUGUGUUUUUAGAGGAUAUGCGUGUAUAUGCAUGUGAAGAUAGAGCAGCGUGUCAAGGUCUUAUUUUCCCCAAGACAAUCGCCGAAAUAUCGCCGACGGCAUCUAGAACCCGCAUUAUGUCGUCUGGAAUAUACCACCUAACUAUGAUCGUCCUGGGUGCUUCAGAGAUCUGCGAUGGUGUCAAUGUUCCUCGGACGCAAUUUUUAGAUGAAUGUUACCAGCUAGAGCUACCAGCAUCUCGUUGCGUGGCAGAUGUCGGGCCCAACUAUCAUCCUCCAGAAUACAUGCACAUUUGGGAUGUGUAG